GAGAGAGAGAGAGCGAGCGAGCGAGCGAGAGAGCAAAUGGGUAAGGUUGUCUGUGGGGAGAAAAAGCAAGCAUACGCGUGCAUAACAAAGAAUGAAGCAACAUUUCAAAAGGAAAAGCAAAGACCAAGCUAAAGCGGUUUUGGACCCUAUUGUAUUCAAACAGAAACUUAUUUGAAUGUGUUGCUGGAAACUUGCAUUCACUGACACACUUUGGGUUGCUGACACUGUCUUGCCAACAGUGCGCUUAAUCGGAGAAGCGUUUAUCUUCAGCAAGCAUGAGGAUUGCCUUGGCCAGAUCACUUGCCGUAUUUUUCCUGUGCGCCUGUACGUCUCUUCUAUAUGUUUGGACCGGACUGGUUGAAAUCGGGCACGGCAGGUCUAAGCGUACUUUGGGCACGCCGGGGGCGGCAGUUCUAUCUCGCCAGUCAGACAAACAAGAUCCAAAAACUUUCCGAGCUCUCCUGGAGGGGCAUGUAGGGCACAAACCACGCUUCAGUGCGCGUAAGAAUAUGAAUAACCACACAGCAUAUGGGUCCGCUAUCGGGAAUCUCAAAGUUCAGCAGACGAAUUUAGACACCCACAACACCAACCACCAACAGGUACACACGGGACUGCAUGGGCUGGUAGAAGACGGGGUGUUCUGGAGCGAUCGACUGGAGUCUCUGUUGCCAAGCGGGUUUAGUAAUGCCCACGCUCAGAGCUGGAAGAGCGAAACCCGGUCAUCCCAGAUUGUCUCACUUGAGAAGGGCUGUGGUCGGACUUCGAACCGACUGGCUCGUUUCUCAAAUGGCACUAAAGCUUGUGUCCGAUACGGAAUCAACCCCGACCAGGUGCAGGGGGAGACCCUCUCCUACUACCUAGCCAGCCUCUUGGGCAUCUCAAACGUGCCGCCGCUUGUCCUCUCCCAAGUAAACCCCAACAGCGAACAAUGGACAAGAGUGCGGGGGGAGGUGAUGGACUCGCAGUGGUCUGAGAAGGCUGUUGUGUCGCUUACGGAAUGGGUGGCAAAUUUAACCGGCGUAGUCACCCCAGCGCCUCUUAGACAGGAGGGCAGGAGGCUGCACCCACUUCGGGAGGACUUGGAUAACAGGACUAUAGGGGAAGUACUGGAGCUGGUUCAAUGGACCGACCUUAUCUUGUUUGACUACCUGACGGCCAACUUUGACAGGCUGGUCAGCAAUGUGUUUAGUCUGCAGUGGGACUCCAGAGUGAUGGAGAGAGACACCAGCAACCUCCACAAGAUUCCUAACGGUGGGCUAGUGUUUAUAGACAAUGAGGCAGGGCUGGUCCACGGCUACCGGGUGCUCGAAAUGUGGCAGAAGUACCACGAUACGCUACUGAGCUCGGUGUGUCUGUUUAGGAAAAUAACUGCUAGUCGGAUCUUUGAUAUGCACCGGCGUCAAGAUGCAGCAGCCAGACUACUGAUUCUAUAUCGAGACAGCGAACCGCUAGCGCCAGAACUAGGUUUCUUGUCUGAGGACCAGGCUGGUAUUUUACAGAACCGUGUAGAUCAAUUGUACAAACAUAUAUUGAACUGCAAGGAAAAGUAUAGCCAGUUUUAAUAUAUUCAGUGUCUUAACGUUGUUUUCACGAUAAGGAACUAAGCAGUUAUGAAUGUCUUAAAGACUGGGAAUCUGAAAAUAAAACAAAAAAUCUUUUUGAUAUAUGUACAGCGUGACAGAUUAAAUAUUUAAUAUGUGUGUGGUUUUAUACUAACGCUCCCCUUUAACAAUUAGCUACCUCUAAUACCACGGCAAGGCUCCGAUUAAGUGUGGUUUAUUUAAAUUGAAAUUGGGUUCAAACGGAGCCGUUUAACAGCAUUCACUUUCAAUUAAUUUAUCUACUAGAAAGAAGAAAAAAAUUGAAAAUGCUGCUAGAAAUGUAUUUGAUCAGAAAUGCUAAUGAAUAACUGCUUAAACCACAGCCCUCCUUAGGAGUGACGUGUACUGUGUUACAAUGAAUGUGAUUGUGUUAGACUAGACAAAGCACCUCAGAAUGACUGGAGUCUAUAGUAGCUUUAUCAUAUAUAUGAAAAACUGUUUCUUAGAUUGAGAACGUCAUGUUCUGUGAAAUAGCCUUAUGUUAGACUAGUACAAAGCAAAAGCUCGAACACAGCGCAGCCUUAAUAUCAAACCCCCGUCAUUUUGAGGAGAGAUUUAGAAUGUAUGAAAAAUUGUCUUAAAGCAGGUAUGAAGAUAUAGCUUUCACAAUCCUCAAAAUUAUAAUGGAUUGUAGUCUACCACCGCCUUAAAUUAGUCAUGAUUCUAAACGUCAGACGCUUAUUGUAGUUUUAUUGUACCCAAGAGUUUUUUUAAAGAAAACUGUAGUUGAAUAAAUAAACAAAAAACUUGAGUUUAUUAAAUAUAUUAACACAAUACAUAUCUAUCGUAUUAUCAGCAAACAUCCCAUUGCUAUUUCUAUUGUCAAUUGUAUUUGUAUUAGUUGAUAAUACUGAAUCUAGCAUUUUCAACAUCAGUAGAAUAUAGGCUGGACCUGCUUCUGUGAUUUUUUCAAAUAAUUUAUGAUUCAAGCUUUUAAAAGUUUCCAGUGGUCCCUUGGGCUGAGCAUUGCUGGUGGCGCAUCUCCUGUACCUCAGCAUACCGGUCAUGUGGCCACUAGCUUUCCCAUUGUGGCACUGAGCCCCUUACUGAAACCACACUGCAGUGCAGCACUCCAGUAUCAAGGCCUCUUAUGAACAUGAAUAAUUUAUUUGGUAAUCUACUCUCUAUUACAAUAUAUUUAUACAGGCACUGGACCACAAUACACUGAAAUAUUGACCUUUUUUUUUGUUUUGUUUUGUUUUGUUUCUGUUUGUUUUUUUAAUAUGAUGUAUUUAUUGUGCUUUGCAAUAACUAUUUCUUGCUUGACCAGAUGUCCCUGUGCUUUACUAUAGAUACAGUAUUUAAAUGAAACCCCCUGUACAGUACUUUACUAUUUCCAUGGUUUACUGCUGUAGAAAUGUCCAUGUAUAAAGGUAUUAACACUGUUAUACUGUUAUAUGUAGCCACGACUUGCUAGAUGGUUUUAAUAAAUCUUAUAGUCAGGGAUUAACAGUCAAUCUAAUUUGGCCAUAUUUAGUUUAUUCUGGUACUCCUAAAGGAUUUUUUGUUGGAAAUAAAAACCAAUCUGCACUCUCUUUGAAGUGUUCUAACAAAGGAUCUGGACAUUUAUAACUGUAUAACAGUAUGCAUCGGGGCAUCAAAAGUAUUUCAGUUAAGAAAACAAUAAUAAUAAUAAUAAUAAUAAUAAUAAUAAUAAUAAUAAUAAUAAUAAUAAUAAUAAUAAUAAUAAAAAUUAUUGAAUAAUAAUUUAAUUUAUGUUAGAAAUUCAAAGAGGGACAUUCAUUUCACCUUUCCUUUAGCAUAGUAAAUCCAGUGAUGUGAACCCCCACAUAACUCCCAUCAAAAAUAGUUUAUUUGUUUUAUUUUGCACCUGUUUGAAAGUUAAAUAGAACAGGCAAUUAGUCACAUUUUUGCAUUACUUACUUAAUAAAGAGCCUUUAUGCCUGAGCAGUCCUACUGUUCAGAAUAGCUGCUUAUUAUCACACGGCUGAGCCUUUACCAUAAGCAGUCUUGCAGGACUUGUACAAACUUGAAAACCGUGUAAACCCUAGGGCCCUUCUGUAAGUUCCUUUGUAUUUAGCGAAAGCAGUGUGUUGUUUUAACCAUCACUACAUUGGGAUGAAUUUCAGAAGUGUUUUCAGAAGUGUUUGCGUGCAGAUGGUGUUGGAAUUAAUGACUGCACUGCAAACAUGAUCUGGCAACUUCAGUGCUUAGGUUUUGGUCGGAUGGCUUGGUAUUUAUGUUGCACAAGUUCAGACAGCACUCACUGGCAAAGUCCCAGUCGCAGUCCUGUGUUAGACACUGAUUCCUUUGCACUGCCCACUGAUUCGCAAACACAAUGUUAAAUGCUGUGUUAGCUGAGUGCUACAGGGUCUGUAAAAAGCGAUUGCAGAACAAAGCUUCUUUCAUUUUUUAUUGCUAAAAAAUGAAAAUGCUGCAUUCCAUGUCAUUAAUGUACUGUUUGUUAGAAGAUGUAUAUCCAUCAGGCACUUUAUGUUGAAUUUGAUACUUUUAUGUGAUUACGAGGUUGUAUGUAUUGGGCUAUCAGAAUAAAUGGAAGUGUAAUAUUGAUAU